GUGAAAACACUCUUGUUGGGGUCGGGUGGAAAAAAGAAAAAACUAAAAGAGAGGGCUUAGUGCGAAAUCCUUAAACCCUUCUAAAGCCCUAAAUCUUGAUUUUCAGAAUUGUAAUACAAUUCUUGCCACCUUAACUAGAACAAAUUGGUGUAUUGUGGUUUCAAGAAAUCUACAGAUUGGAAAAAAAAUGGACGCAAUAGCAGCAGCUGAAGAGAGGAUAGUUUCAGAAAGAUUAAAGCAAAAAAUCAACGAAGUUAACAUAUCUGUCCAAACCCAAUUCGCUGGUAUUCAUGAUCAUGUCAGUUUCACUCUUCAGCAAGCUUAUUACAGAUGUGCUUACGAAUGCUUUGAUAGGAGAAGAAAUCAAGAGGAGAUUGGGCGCUGUGUGGAGCACUGCAGUGUUCCUGUGCACAAUGCUCAGAAUCUUUUCCAGAAUGAAAUGGCCAAGUUUCAGGAAAGACUGAAUAGGUCUCUAAUGGUAUGCCAAGACAAGUUUGAGAGUGCCAAACUCCAGAAGAACAAAAGUGAUGCCACAAUGGAACUGGAAUCUUGUGUUGAGCAGUCGGUUCAUGACAGCAUCAACUUAUUGCCCCAUCUUGUUGACAAACUAAACGCUUCUCUUGGCAUCAACAAUUGAAGAAAUUGUAUUGUAGGUAGCAGCAUCACCAUGAAUUUGAACAGAAAGGAGGACUUUUCUUUUUAUACUUUGGAAAUGUUAAUGGUAUUUUGCUUACAUGAGUUUUAAGUAAUGAAAAAUGAAUUCAUUUUUG